GUCACAAACAAACAAUUCACAAAAUUUACAAAUUUAUCUUUUUAAUAUUUUUUUAGAAAUAAGAUACACUCAAAUAAUAAAGAAUAUUUCAUUUUAAAAUUAACAGUGGCAAAGUAUUAUGACUCUUAUCACUUUCGGCAUCAAAUUUGAAGAACCGAAUGAGCUCUCCAGCUCGCACAAAAACCAUGGCAUCUCUCAUACAAAUUCCUCUCAAUUUCUUGGAGUGUAACGCCCCACACAUUUCCUUAAUCCGAAAACCCAACAGCUUCAUCAAUGGCCUUAAAUCUUUGAAAGGCAGCAACUUUCCCACCCUUUCAAGAUUAAAGGCUGCUCCUUUUGCAGAUGGGUUGGCUAUCUUGGAGGUUAGAAGGGGUAAAAUUGGGCAAUUCUUAAAGAAAGAGAGUUGGAAAGAGAAGAAGAGAGUUGUUUUGGUCAGAUUCAAUGGUCUUCCUAGUGGCGGCAGGGGCGGCAGCGGGGGAGGAGGAGGAGGAAUAGAUGAUGAAAAUAGGACUGUGGGUGUGUUGACAAAUCUUGCUUUGGCUAUUGUGCUGGCUUACCUUACCCUCACUGGAAAGCUUGGUUGGAUCUUGGAUGCAAUUCUUUCUAUUUGGAUCCUUGCAGGGCUUCUCCCAAUAAUAGGCAUAGUGGCUUUCAUUUGGUGGGCAAGUCGUGAAAUUCUUCAAGGAACUUGCCCGAAUUGCGGAAGUGAUGUUCAAGUUUUCAAAUCAGCGCUAGACGAAGAUGACAGGUCGCUAUGCCCUUCUUGUAGCCAACCAUUUUCAGUUGUUGGCGACGCAUUUGUAAAGGACCCUUUGAAUUUCUCCAAUCAGCCAACAUCAUUUGGCCAAGCAACCAACGACUUCACUUCACGUUCCAAGAAAGGCAAAAAAUCCUCCGCUGUCAUUGUUGACGUGGAAGCGGAAGUUAAAGAUGCAGAGUGAGUAGUGAACCAUUUGACUCGAGUGUACGUGUUAAUGCAUCUAACAUAUAAAGAUUCCGACGGGCGUAUUGAUGGAGGAGUUGGAGCAUGUAUGAUACGUAUGUUGCACAUAUUUUUCAAACAAGUGCCAUUUCUUCUCCCCGAAACGUCCAUGUUAGGGUAUAUACGGACAUUCUGAUACCCAAAAUUCUUUGUAAAAUCUGAAAAAAAAGGGUGCUUCCCGUUCUCGAUCUUGUCCCCGCAUGAGUCUCUGUCAUGUUUCAGUGCAGCUUAGCAUGAUACCCAAGUUUUAAUCACAUGAACAUUUUGUAUGAUUGUAUCACUCCAUGACAUUAGCCCUCUAUGUCAUCCUA